AUGGAAGAGGACAUGUUCUCCUACAUUCAUGAAGGCGGUCAGCUAGUUAAGUGUGUUGGUGGGUCCGUAGAAUAUCAGGGUGGUCGUACUGAAUCCAUUGUUGUUAGCCGAUAUAUGUCACAUAGUGAUUUUGUUUCAAAAUUGUGUGAUGAACUAAACUUUGACCGAAAUUCUAUCAAAUUGGAAUUCACGGUCAAGUUUGACCCAUUAUGUCUAUUAUCGUUGCAUGAUGACGCAACCAUACUUAAGAUGUUCAGAUUCAACGAAAUGUUAUGUCAUGUCUAUGUCUCAUCAUCAAGUGAAGUUGUUGCAGCCCGUAUAGCACUGACUAGUGCCCCUACUCUUAUUGUUGGUUCGAAUUUGGCACACAUACUUUCCUCCAGUGAUGAUCCGCCAAUGGAUAUCUAUAAUGACUCUCUUGCAAUUGAGUCAUAUGGGUUUUCCCAAAGAUGUGUUGAAUCAAAUAUACUUGAACGUGACUCAAGGUGGUUUGAAAAUUCCAUUAUGGGUAGUGGACAUACAUUCCCCAAUGCUGCCGAGUUUCGUGAUGUCAUGUAUUUGAUGUCAAUUGCUGGUAGAUUCCGUUAUUGCUUCAAGAGGAAUAGUAUGAAACACAUGAUAGUAGUUUGCACAGUUAAUGAAUGUCCUUGGAAAGUCACUUCUCGUGAAGUUGGGGAAUCGAACAUCAUUCAGGUUCACACUUUUCAAAACCUCCAUAAUCAUAGUUUGGGAGAUGUUGUCGCAUGCCAACCUUUAGUGAGAUCCAAUCAUGCCUCAUUGCUUAUUGAUGAUGUCAUACGAUCUACUCCUAAUUACCAACCCCGCCAAAUUUGUAAGGACUUCCAAAGGCAACAUGGGAUGCAAUUGACGUACUUUCAAGCAUGGAAUAUCAAGGAGAAGGCAAACGAGUGCAUUUAUGGAGAACCCAAAUAUUAUUACAAAUUGUUGUCUUGGAUGUGUGAAAAAAUGGUUGCAACAAAUCUAGGAAGCAUUGUUGAGUUGAGGCAUUCAAGUGAUGGGCAUUUUGAGCAACUCUUUGUUGCUCAUUCGGUAUCUAUCCAAGGGUUUGCAAUGGGGUGUCGACCAAUCAUUGCUAUUGACUUUGCCCAUAUGAGUGGGCCAUAUAGGGGUGCGUUAUUUUUGGCCACCACAUAUGAUGCUAAUGAGUCCAUGUUCCCCUUAACCUUUGGCGUGAUGACCUUAGAAAAUUAUGACGAUUGGUCUUGGUUUUUGCAACACUUGAAGAAGGUUGUUAGAGAUAAGGAAGUCAUUAUUAUCUCAGAUAGACAUCCUACCCUCUUUCGUAGUGUUCCUGAAGUGUUUGGGGUUGAAAACCAUGCCUAUUAUUACCGUCACGGGUUGGGAAAUGUUGGGAAUCCCUUGUGA